CCUACCUAGCUACCUACUACACCGCUGCUCAACUUCUGAAUUCCUCCCCCCGCAUGCACAGUGGUGCAGCCCUCGGAGACGGGGCGAGACGAGGCGCCGGCCACCGCGCUGAUCGAUCUCGGCCCCUCUCUCUCCCGAUUGGUAGCUGGAGAUAGAUGGAAUUUCUUCUUCCUUUCAAGAUUGGCGAUCUCGCGGAAUACAAGUGCUUCCUGACCGGUUACAGGGGUGCAUGGUUUCGCUGCAAGGUACUUAAUAAGCGUGUCAACGAGUCUGCUGGUUACCUGGAAUAUUACUUGGAGUAUAUUGACUAUACAAGUGAAGAGAAGGAAUGGGUCCAGGUCUUCGAAAAGAACCCAGCGAGCUCCAAUAAAAAUUCAAGAGAGAGUAUUCAACUCAUGAUAAGGCCUUCUUUUCCUCAAUGGUGUUAUGGACACGAAGUUCCUGAGCAGUUCCCAAAUAGUGAUGUCACAGCAAUUGUUGAUGAAGCUUGGAAAGUAGGUGAUCUGGUUGAUUGGUUGAAUGAAGGUUGUUAUUGGUCUGGGACAAUUACUAAGUUACUCAAUGAAGAUACGGUGGAGGUAAAGCUGCUGGCACCUCCCAUAGGUGAAGGCAAGCGUUAUCAUGCUAAUCGUGAUGACCUGAGGCCUACCCUUGAGUGGUCCCUAAUAAAUGGUUGGACCGUACCUCUUUCACAGGCAAAUAAAAAAAGAUGGCAUGCUGCUCGUCUACUUCGACAUUCUAAAUCUGAAUCAGAGAAGAGCACAACAUAUGACCAGUCAUCGUCAGAUGAUGAAUAUGGUGAUAGCAGCGGAGGCGUGCAGCUAUCAGGAUGCGCAGCUUCGAGUACAUCCCAGGGAGGUCCUGUCGCCCUGGCACCUCCAUCAGCCACAAACAGUGCUUCCAGCCCAAAGGCUCAGAAGUAUGGCAAUCUCCCUUCCGCAGAGAUCCUGAAGCCAAGCUCAACAUCCAAAUCACCAGACCCCAGCCAUGGCACUGAAUCUGCUACAACCAGCAGGCAACCUUAUGGUAUCGGAGUAACUGGCCACCAAGAAUUGGGUACGGAAAUCUCAAGCAAGCAAGAGCAGGACUGGCUGGUAAAAGCUGAGGCUGAUGAUGAUGGUCAAGACGAGUUUCUGGAGAAGCUGGACGCGGUUGAAGCCAAACUCAGUCACCUCAUGAAGCGCACACAGAUGGAACAGAAACCCUGAGCCGAAGUGCUGGCUUUCUGCCGCGCCGUGGGUCAUCGAAGUAUGAUGCGUGAGGCAAAUGAAGUGGGGCUUAGAAGGUGCAUCUUCACCCGGGGCCAUCGAGUGCCUGUUGUUGCUGAAUGUUGGUGUUGUAUACCGUGGCUAUAGACUCUGGUGCUGGCGUGCUGCAUGUUGUUGUGAACUGUUCCUGGCGAGUUGUUUGUUGUAGAAGCAGGAGAAGGUAAUCCAGCUUAUAGUUGCUGUUGAGCCAUAAGUGGUAGAUGAACUCAUAAAUGCGUCAUUUUGUAGAAGCUGAGGGGAAUGCAUUGGUGAGAACAACAUUUUGGAUAUGUGGUGACAUCAAUUCAUCAUUACUAUUUACUCCCUC